AGUCCUCCGCUUUCCUCCCGCAACACCGCAUAAGCGGAAAAGGGAAGCUCCUUUGGAGUCCAGCUCCAUCUUCCCCAAAGCUUUUGGAUCAUCGGCGCCUGAAAGCUCAAAGAAAGCGCUCGGAAAGGGGAAGGGGGGAUGUCGAGCACCGUCAAUGCGGCGGGGGAGCCGAUCUCGACGUCGGCGGUCCUGAUGGCGGCGUCGAAGCACAUCGCCGUGAGGUGCCGGUCGGAGAACGUGGCCUUCAUCAAUUGCAAGAAGAAGGACCCCAAUCCGGAGAAAUGUCUCGACAAGGGCCGGGUGGUCACUCACUGCGUCCUAAAUCUCAAAAAUCUCUUCCACCAAGGGCAAUACAAACAUAAUCUGUUUGAAAGAGCUUCAUCAGAGGUGUCCCAAAGAGAUCGAUGCUUAUGCAGGCUGCAUGUAUUACUAUACCAAUGAGUUCGACUUGUGCCGCAAAGAACAACAAGAGUUUGAGAAUGCGUGCCCAAUUUCUGAAUAGUCCUGAGAGGUUGCCUCCCAUGAUCAUGAGAAAUAACUCUGGAAAAACACAAUUUAUGAAUUCCUCUGUUCUUUUUUCCUUUAGUGAGGCUGUCUUUUGGCAUCAAAGUAUUUGAUCCCAUCUUUGCAACCACAUUUCUGUUGGAAAUUAAUCUGCUUUCAGGUUCUGCCAUCUAACUUGUCAUCAGGCUAAACAAAAUCAUGUUGAAAGACCAUUUCAACAGUGCUUACAUUUUUUUUUUACUAGACAAUGUAAUGAAUAAAUGGAAGACUGUAUAUUUACUUGUUCAGGAGGAA